UCAAAAAUGUAUCUCCAAUCUUCUCUAGGUCUUCCAUUGUAGCUGUAGCACUAUCAGAGUUGUAGUUGUCUUUUAUAGUUGUACUUAUUUUUGAGUUGUAGUUCUAUUAUAGCUGUUGUGUCAGUUGUUGUUCUAUUGAGAUUUAGUUCUAUCAGAGAUGUAGUUUUAUGCUGCGUUCGGAUUUGAUACCAAACAGGAAGUGGGAAGGGAGAAACACGUCAUUCUGUAUACACGACUCUGGACCAAACAGUAUGGAUCUGAGCGAUGCUCUCGGAGAAGGGGGGGUGUGGCCGGGCGGCGGCUCCAACCCGCCAGCAGGGGGCGCUGUUUGGCCGGGCGGUGCCACUAACCCCACCUGGCCAGGAGGAGCCCCAGCCCAGCCCGCCUGGCCCGGACAGGGGGGACCCCAGAACCCGGCUCAGCCCGCCUGGCCCGGACAGGGGGGACCCCCGGCCCAGCCCACCUGGCCCGGACAGGGGGGACCCCAGAACCCGGCACAGCCCACCUGGCCCGGACAGGGGGGACCCCAGAACCCGGCACAGCCCACCUGGCCCGGACAGGGGGGACCCCAGAACCCGGCCCAGCCCACCUGGCCCGGUGGAGCGGGGGCCCCAGCCCAGCCCACCUGGCCCGGACCAGGAGGUCCAGGGGGGGCCCAAACCCCGGCCCAGCCCACCUGGCCCGGUCCGGGGGGACCCACGCCCUCUGCCCAGAGUGUCUCAAUGAAUGUACCCUUCGAUCAAAAGCUUCCAAAUGGAGUUUUUGACAAACUUCUGAUCACCGUCAAGGGCACUGUCAAACCCCACGCAAACACGUUCACAAUGAACAUCAAAAGCAGCCAUGACCUUGCGUUCCACUUCAACGUGCGUUUCAACGAGGGAGGCCAUAAGGUGAUCGUGAGGAACAGCGAGAUCAGCAAGAAGUGGGGCAAGGAGGAGCGGGGUGGGGCCUUCCCCUUCGUCCAGGGACAGCCCUUUGAGAUGAAGGUUCUCUGCACCAGCACAGCGUACAGGGUCGCCGUCAACGGCUCCCACCUGCUGGAGUACCAGCACCGCGUCAAGGACCUGCGCUCCAUCAACCUGCUGUCCAUCUACAAAGACGUCACCCUCACCUCCGUGCUCGUCGACCGCCUGCCCUGAAGACCCUAACCCCCCCCCCCCCCCCACCUCUUCGGGGUCGGUGGAUACAAAGGACCAAAAGAUACCUUAUUGCUGUUGCUCAUGUUAGGUUGUUUAUGAAUUAACUUCUACUGGUUGCUGGUUGAAAACUGAAAAUGUGUUUUAUAUAUAUAGAUUGAUGGGGUGUAGUGAGAGCAUGGAGAUUGAAAUAUUAAAUGUAGUCCGACAAUAAAGCGAUUAUUAAACCCAAUAGAUAUCUCCAGACUCAACCAUCCCAUUACUGAUACAGAUCUCUGAAAUAUUUUGCAUUCACUUGAAGUAAUUUAGCAGAUGCUUUUAUUCAGUGCCACUUACAAAAUAGGAACAAUCAAAGCUGUUAAAUGAUCCAAUGUCUCUUCUGUUCAUUGCGCAAAGGUAGGCAAGACCCAUGAUCAAACAAAUAUAAGGCCAUGUCGAAUGACAAUAGCUUGGGCUGAAUUUCAGAACUGGUUUUGAACACCAAUGCAGUUUUAUAAAACCGGUUCUUACCAUCAAACAUAUCUCCGGACCUAAGCUAUCGAGUUACACCUAUAAUACAGUUAUGAUGUAAAUGUAAAAACAAUAGGUAUCAACAGACACACUCUGAAUACCUAACUACUUCAUAACUAAAUUAAAACUCACUUGCAUAUAAAAGUAAAUAGUAAAAGUAUCUUAAGAGCAAGAUAAUCACACCUUGGAUUUAAAAAUAAGAAAAAAUCCCUUAAAGAUAUCUGAAGGAUGUUUGUUUCUUACUUUGUAGAUAAUUUCUUAUGGAUUUUUUG